AUGAAUAUCUGGUUCAUUAUCUUUAUAUGUACUAUUCCCACGAUACUUUCAGCACGUAUUUUUCGUAUAAACAAUCAAUGCGAUCAAAAAUUAUGGUUCGGUACACAAGGUAAACCUUUGAUUUAUUCUGGUGGAUUCGAAGUCAAUGCUCGUUCGACAAAAGAUAUUAGUGUACCGGACGGAUGGGUAAGCGGACGUAUUUGGCCAAGAACGAAUUGUCGAUCUGUUAAUGGCAAAUUCACAUGCAGUACAGGAGACUGCGGUGCACCAACGAACGGAUACGGUAUGGCAUGCAAUGGAAUAGGUGGUCAGCCACCAGCCACACUUGCUGAGUUUACUCUAAAUGGAUGGGGCGGUUCAGAUUUCUAUGAUUUGUCGAAUGUCGAUGGUAAUACAAUAAGCAUGACGAUUCGACCUAUUCCUGGUCAGUACACUCGUGUCAAUAACCCAUCUUUAGGAAAGUACAAUUGUGGCACGGCAACGUGUAUAUUUGAUCCAAAUCGAUGUCCUCCAGAAUUACAAAUGGACGAUGGAACUGGACGUAAAAUAUGUGCCAGUAUCUGUGCUGCUAUUCACAAUGCCCAACAACGAGCACGACAUGUUCAUCUUCAAAAGAUUUACAAUAAUCCAGAUACGCGUUCGUUGGUAUCACCACAUGAUAAGGUAACACCAGGUCGUAAAUGCUAUGUGGAAAAGUGGCCACGUUCGACACAAAAUACACGUUACGAUGAAGUUUUUAAAUCUCAAUGUCCAGAUGCCUAUUCAUGGCAAUUCGAUGAUUUAGCUAGUACAUAUCAAUGUUCAAAAGCAAAUUAUGAAAUUAUUCUCUGUCCUGACAGUAAUCCAGUGAAAUCAGGAGAACCUGGUUCGAACAUUCAGUGGAACGGAAAAAACUGGGCGAUGUCAUGUGAUUUUCGUGGAAACGAUCUGACUAACGUUCAAAUUUCAUUACAUCUUUGUAGUAGAAAAUGUGCUGAAAUUCAAGGAUGCACUCACUUUACAUGGACUCGAUACAAAGGUGGUACUUGUUGGAUGAAAACUGGUACUGUUUCCAAAAAGGAUGCCUUGACAACCAAUGAUCAAACUAUGAUGGAAUUUUGUGGUAAAAAAUGCGCUGAAACUCCAGGAUGUACUCACUUUACAUGGACUCGAUAUAAAGGUGGUACUUGUUGGAUGAAAACUGGUGCUGUUUCGAAGAAUGAUGCCUUUGCAACCAAUGAUCCAACUAUGAUGUGUGGUGUAUUAACCCAUGCGUAA